AACAAAUUUCCCGGAAAAUGAUUUUCUCACGGGAACAGGAAAUCCUGGAAAAAACGCGGUGAUCAAGGACGGGAACUCGCAACUCUUUCUGGCGUUCAUUUCUUCUCGCAGAAAAAUUAGUGCGGUCGCACCUUAGAUUAGAGAUCAAUGCGAUAACAAUGACCAUAAUCCUGUCCGAUCUAAGAUGAAUCCCAGAAAGCCCGACGGUCCACAACUGAUAAUCCUGUUCUUUCCCUGAAGAAUCCGUUUGAUAGCAGGGAUAUAAUCGUUUUAAAGAAUAGAAGAAAUGUUGAGGUUGUGGAGAUGGUACCAGAAUUGCUUGGCAAUCCACCCAGUGAAGACGCAAGUUAUAAGCUCGGGUUUAAUUUGGGGAUUUGGGGAUUUUGCAGCGCAGACUGUUACCCAUUUCACCGCCAAGAGGAAUCGCCAGUUUCAGGAAAAUGAUAAAAAAUUGAAGAUCAAUUGGAAACGAGUGGCUACAACAAGCUUGUUUGGGUUUGGAUUUGUUGGACCAGUUGGCCAUUUUUGGUAUGAAGGUCUAGAUCGAUAUAUAAGGUUACGACUUUUUCUACAGCCAAAUACUUAUCGUUUUGUAGCUGCUAAGGUAGCAAUUGAUGGGCUCAUCUUUGGUCCAUUGGAUUUGCUCGUGUUUUUCUCUUAUGUGGGAUUUUCUACCGGAAAGAGUAUGACUCAAAUUAAGGAAGAUGUGAAGAGGGAUUUUAUCCCAGCGUUACUUCUUGAAGGAGGUAUAUGGCCAAUUGUUCAAGUUGUAAAUUUUCGGUUUAUACCAGUAAGGUACCAGCUACUUUAUGUAAACUUCUUCUGCUUGUUGGAUAGCUGUUUCCUGUCAUGGAUUGAGCAACAAGAGAAUGCUCCUUGGAAGGAACGGUUGAAAUCUUUGCUACAUUUGAAGUAGAAAGUCAUAGGCUACCAGAUGAGUUAGAAUACCCUUCUCAAGAUUCAUUGCAGGUUAAAUUGUUCAAAAUGCAAAUAUAUACGAGGGUAAUAGUGAUAAAACCUACAGAGAAUUCAGAAUUUUCAGGUUUUCAGGUUUUCAGGUUUUAGGAGUUACUUUUUGGUCUGCUCAUGUUUAUCUGAUUCCCCUUCUGCAUACAAACAAGUACCUGCUCAUUAUGAUCUUCAAACAACUUCUUUCAUAGAUAUUCUGUUAAUUUUCUAUGUGUAUAUUUUUCGACUCCAUCCCCGCUCGUACCAUUCUGAGUUUCUA